AUGGUGUCCCUGGGCGUGCUGCCGUCGGUCGAGGCCAUGGAGCAGUGGACCGAGAUUGAGGCGGCGCGGGCUUGGGCAGGGCUGGAGCUGGGCGCACUCAAGAGCGUCUUGACGAAGCUCGGGGACCCUGACCUCACCUCGAUGCCAAUCUUGGCGUCGCUUCCGCCGUCAGCGGUGCGGUCUGCCGUCGCGAAGGCCCGCGUCGACAGGGAAGGCAGGGAGGCUGGCGAACGCCUCACGGCCAUCCAGAAGGGCCGCCUCAACCUCCUCUACAACGCCCUCCGCCGGAAGUUUGGGUUGCACCUUAAGCCGGUCGAUCAAGAGCCGCCUCAACCGCAGGCGGCGGCAGCGGCAACCCCGGGUUCGGCGGCGGCGCCGCACGCCGCUAAUUUGGUGAACCUGUCCGCGGUCCUCGACCAGGACCCGAAGGGCGAGGUGGAGCUUUACAGCCACGCCCAACUACAGAAGAUCCGGAACAAUUACAUAGUCGUGAUGCGGGAUGAGCCCAUGGGUCGCCACAACUACACCGACGAGCAGAUAUCGGCGUUGGGCCGGCGGCUGGAGGCCGGCUUCGUGCCGUUUGCGGACUUCGGCGUGUGGGGGCCGAACGGCAACCGCUUCCAGCGCCACAUGAAAUUCAAGGCGAGCUUCAUGGACGCCUCUGGCCAGUGGCGGACGCAGGAAAUCCCCGGGCCAGAUUCCCUGGAGAUCUGGGAGGACUCGUACGAGGUCUACAAAGCAGCUGCUCUGUCAUUGGGGGCCUUCCAGCAGGCCACCUUGACUUUGUACGCGGCUGAGUUCCGCCAGCGCGUCCUCGACAAUCCGGGGUGCUGGCACUUGACACUGGCUGCGGAUUUUCUGGCGCGGUCGGAGCAGCUUGCGAACGAGCGCCGGCGACUGGAGCGUUUCCACGAGAAGUCGCCCACCUUGUCCAGUUGGAACCCCAAGAUGCCAUGGGACGCUGCGCUGAGGGCUGUGUCCCAGGACAACACCUUUUGGUACAAGCAUUUGGAGAAGCCAUGCGACAAGGCUGCCCGGGACGGUUCGGCAACGGUGCCCGUUCAGCGGACGGCCUACACCCAGGUGCCGCCCUUCACGGCGGCGCCGCAGCAGGGCAGCAACAAGAAGAAGGGCGACGGCAGGGGUAAAGCCAACGACAGGAAGGACACCAAGGGCAUUGAUCCACGUGGCAAGGGACCCAAUGCUCAACGAGCCGAUGGGCGCUAUUACCGGUCAGUGGACAAUGUGGAAAUAUGCUACGCUUGGGCCCAGCACGAGGAGGGUUGCUCCAGCAAGGCGUGCCCACUGGGGCGGGCGCACGCGUGCGAGUUCUGCCGCACGCCCCACCGCACCAUCCGCUGUGAGAAGCAUCCAGGGUGGACGCCGCCGGCGGCCAGCCGGGGGGCCAAGAGGCCCAAGUUCCUGGAGCUCGUUGGGCGCGGCGGCGGGCUCACGGCGGCUGUGGCGCGGCUGCAUCUUGAUCACUUCACGGCGCGGUGCCUCGAGGCCGCGGCGGGCCUCCGCGACCAGGUUCUGGACCUUCUGAAUCACGAUCAUUAUCGUCGGGUUCUCAGCCUGAUUCGGCAGCGGCGAGUGCGAUGGCUCCACGUGGCACCGCGCUGCGCGGAUUUCUCGAAGGCGCGGAGAACCGGCAGGCGCGCCCGCCCCGCCAGCGGCACCCCAAAGCCGCAGCACGUGCUCGACAGCAACACCUUGGUUGCCAGGGCGGCGAGGCUGUGUCGUGCCCAGGCCAAGGCUGGCGGGUGGUUCUCCUUUGAGAAUCCAGAAGCCUCGUGCGCUUGGCAGUACGGGCCCGUCGCCUCCCUGCUGCGCAUUGCCGGUGCCGUGCGGGUGGUGUGCGACCAGUGCAUGUUCGGCUGCCCGUACAGGAAGCCGACGGGCUGGCUGACGAACGCCCCCUUCCUUGGCGCUCUCGCCGAGAGGUGCCCAGGGCCCCCGGUGCACGUGCACCCCAGCCUCGGCGGGAGGUGCAUUGGGCCUGCGGACGGAUCCGCGUGGAAGACUCAACUGGCGGCGUCUUAUCCGGAAGGGCUCUGCAGCGCACUGGCAUUUGCGUACAGGGCCGAACUCAGCAAGCAGCCGGACCUGGCCGCGAAGCAGCCCACCACCUACGAC